AAACAGUGGUAGCGCACAAAUUGCCUAUCAAAUUACGUUCCUCGGCUAUGAUCCUUUACAAAGCGCGUUCUAUCUGACGCCACUUAAAACGUAUGCCUAUAAUAUGAAUUACUUUAUUCGAGCGAUGUUUAUUGACAUGAUGCAAACUAUUUCUAUUAGGUUGUGAUUCAUUUGGAAUAAGACACGUCGAGGGAUACAUUGAAAAGCAGUAUGACACUUGUGAUCACUUCCUGGCUCAGUCUCAGCCCCAUUGGAGUUUCAUGCUAAAUCGUGCAACAGUGAAGAACUUGAGAGGAGAGCACCAGACAGGACAACGGAUACGAUAACAGAAGGUUGGACUGCUUCUCUGACCACCAACUGUGGGACUUCUAAGAGGCUUUAAGGUGAAGUGGUCUCAGUGUUUGGAGAGCUCAGCCCUAGUCCCAGGCAGUGAGUUAAGCCCUACAGGGUCAGGCCACCGCUACCAGCCUGCAGCUAUGGACCUUGAGGAGAGUGGUCCUCCUUCCUCCUCAGUGACCUCGCUGCUCCUCUCACCAUGCUGAACGAUGCUUCCUCUGUCAUCUACAUUGUGCUGGAACUGCUGAUCGCCAUACUAUCCGUGCUGGGCAAUGUGCUGGUCUGCUGGGCCGUCUGCCUCAACAGCAACCUGCAGAACAUCACCAACUUCUUUGUGGUGUCCCUGGCGAUGGCAGACAUUGCUGUGGGAGUGCUGGGUAUCCCCUUCGCCAUCGUCAUCAGCACAGGCUUCUGCUCCAACUUCUAUGGCUGCCUCUUCAUUGCUUGCUUUGUGCUGGUGCUCACGCAGAGCUCCAUCUUCAGCCUGCUGGCCAUCGCCAUAGACCGCUACAUCGCUAUCACGAUACCUCUCAGGUACAAUAGCCUGGUGACGGGCCAGCGUGCCAAGGGGAUCAUUGCUGUCUGCUGGGUGCUGUCCAUCAUCAUCGGCCUGACUCCAAUGUUGGGCUGGAAUAAGUCCACUGAGCGCCCCAACAGCACCUGCUCCCCAGGCCUGAUGGAGUGUCUGUUUGAAGAGGUGGUUGUCAUGGACUACAUGGUCUACUUUAACUUCUUCGCCUGUGUGCUGAUGCCUCUGCUGCUCAUGCUGGUCAUCUACCUGCGGAUCUUCAUGGCAGCUCGGCAUCAGCUGAAGCUCAUAGAACUGAAGGCUGUCCACGGGGGGAAGUCCCACUCCACCCUGCAGAAGGAGGUCCAGGCAGCCAAGUCGCUGGCCAUCAUCGUGGGCCUGUUUGCCAUCUGCUGGCUGCCGCUGCACAUCAUCAACUGCUUCACCCUGUUCUGCCCUCAGUGUGCCCGCCCACCCCUCUGGAUCAUAUACGUGGCCAUCAUCCUCUCCCACGGCAACUCGGUGGUCAACCCCUUCAUCUAUGCAUACCGCAUCCGGGAGUUCCGUCACACCUUCAGGAGGAUCAUCCGCCGCCACUUCCUGGGCCUCCACCGCCGGCAGCUGUUUGAGAGUGGUGGCAGCACUCGCACCUCCACCCACAACAGCGUCUGUGGCUCAGUGAGGGUUAAGGCCAACUGCCUCAGCUUCGACCUCCACACCGAGCACAACACCUGUAGCUGUGAGAGCCAUGUCACACCUGCAGGGGCCGUUCUGACCUCAGCGCCCAUUCACAACCACCCUCUUUCCGUGAUUAGUUUCCACAAUCACAAUGUGAGCCCCCCUCUGCCACAGCCUCUCAUACAGACACAGACACAACCCUUAUGUCAUCCCCUGCAGUAUGGGGACCACCAGCAGUCUCCUAAAGGACCGGAGAUGGAAGAGGUAAAGGACAGGCAGGAUCUCUCCCCUGUCCAGGUCAAAUCACUGUUCUAUAAACAUAAAACCUGCUUCACCAAGCUUUCUGGGGUGUCCUGAUGGAUACAGAAUUGGCGCCAGACAGCUACUAAGGAUCCCUUAACACCUGGCCUUUUGUGUGAAAUUACUCAGAUGCUCUUAUUUUUUGGGAGUCAGCUCUGAGUGUAAUGGUAGAUUACUGGGUAGGCAGGCUCACAAGCUGAGGAUCAGAGUUUGGAUGUAUCGCAUGUUAUCUAGAUGGCCCAAUGCCAAAUACUUGGAGGCAUUCUAUCAGCAGGGAUUCUAAUAGUGGAGCCGAGCUUCUACACAAAGGCAGGCAUACAAAACAAACUGUAUAUGCACCAUUUAUUUUGUAUUUCAAUUGGACCUUUCAGCUUCUUGAAGCAAAAAUCGUUGUAGUUAUUUAUAGCAGAAAUGUGACUUGAAUGGUUCAAUGUGAUUCUGUUUAUUCUCUUGGUCUGUGACGUCAUGUGGUGCUUAGAUCUGAAGCUUCACAAUUGACUCUUGUUCUUUGCCACCUAGUGAGGCCUAAAGAAAUAACAUCGACGUGAUUGGAUUACUCUUGUGUAUUUGGGGAUGGCAGGGAUGUUUCAAGCGUGUGAAAAGGGGACAGUACUACUUCAUUGAUUUAGCAUGUUUGUGUCCCAUAUAGAUGGACGUGAUGAGAGUACAUUUCCUUUAGACGUUCAGGCUUAUGAUCUUGCAAAUGUAUGAAUGCAACAAAGCUCAAAUCUGCCUAGCUAAGAGUUUUUCAAUGAUAAUGGUUUUAAACUAUUUUGAGGAGGAUCUACUAAUCUACCACUGUGCACUUUCUCUACAUUACACUUCGUUCAACUUGUCUAACUGUCACUUUCUCUACAUUACACUUCUUUCAACUUGUCUAACUGUCACUUUCUCUACAUUACACUUCUUUCAACUUGUCUAACUGUCACUUUCUCUACAUUACACUUCGUUCAACUUGUCUAACUGUCACUUUCUCUACAUUACACUUCAUUCAACUUGUCUAACUGUCACUUUCUCUACAUUACACUUCGUUCAACUUGUCUAACUGUCACUUUCUCUACAUUACACUUCGUUCAACUUGUCUAACUGUCACUUUCUCUACAUUACACUUCGUUCAACUUGUCUAACUGUCACUUUCUCUACAUUACACUUCGUUCAACUUGUCUAACUGUCACUUUCUCUACAUUAUACUUCUUUCAACUUGUCUAACUGUCACUUUCUCUACAUUACACUUCGUUCAACUUGUCUAACUGUCACUUUCUCUACAUUAUACUUCUUUCAACUUGUCUAACUGUCACUUUCUCUACAUUACACUUCGUUCAACUUGUCUAACUGUCACUUUCUCUACAUUACACUUCGUUCAACUUGUCUAACUGUCACUUUCUCUACAUUACACUUCGUUCAACUUGUCUAACUGUCAUUUUCUCUACAUUACACUUCGUUCAACUUGUCUAACUGUCACUUUCUCUACAUUACACUUCGUUCAACUUGUCUAACUGUCACUUUCUCUACAUUACACUUCGUUCAACUUGUCUAACUGUCACUUUCUCUACAUUACACUUCUUUCAACUUGUCUAACUGUCACUUUCUCUACAUUACACUUCGUUCAACUUGUCUAACUGUCACUUUCUCUACAUUACACUUCGUUCAACUUGUCUAACUGUCACUUUCUCUACAUUACACUUCGUUCAACUUGUCUAACUGUCACUUUCUCUACAUUACACUUCUUUCAACUUGUCUAACUGUCACUUUCUCUACAUUACACUUCGUUCAACUUGUCUAACUGUCACUUUCUCUACAUUACACUUCUUUCAACUUGUCUAACUGUCACUUUCUCUACGUUACACUUCUUUCAACUUGUCUAACUGUCACUUUCUCUACAUUACACUUCGUUCAACUUGUCUAACUGUCACUUUCUCUACGUUACACUUCUUUCAACUUGUCUAACUGUCAGUAGCACAAACCUGUGCAGAUCCUUCAGAUAUCACAGACAAUUAAAUGGUACAAAUAAAUAAUGACAUACACCUUAUAUUUUUUACUAAAAUGACUCUCUUGCAAGUGUUACAUAUCUAUGGCAUUCUGUGCAUUCUCACAUUUCGGAUGCAAUGCAUGCAGCAAUACCUCCUGUCCAAAAAUAAAUAUAUUUUUUAAGUAAA